GCGCGCGGGGUCCCCUCCCCCCCACGCGCAGGUCCCCUCCGGAGCGCCCCGCGCAGCCUGCGCCGCCCGCUCCCCGCCUCCGGCCGGGCCCCGGGCGCCGCGGCAGUGGGUCGGCCCGCUGAGGACAAGGUCAGCAGUCGGAGAGGCGAUGCUCGAGUGCGACUGGAGAGAGCCGAGCGGAGGCGACAGCGAUUGGGAUCUGUCCCUCCUGACUGGGCAGCGGGAGUGGGGCAGGCGCCUGUGAGGAGGAGGAGAAGCGGCGGCGGCGGCCCGGUUUUUUCCGGCCGGCUUUCCCCUCAGGAACAUCCCUGUCCGCGCCCGCGAGCGCAGCCCCUCCCCGGGCAGGGGCGCCGGGGAAGAUGGAGCCGGGGGGCCGGGCCCGCACUGGCCCCCCGCAGCCCGCGGCCCCGGGACUGUGGAGGGCUCGGCCGGCGGGCGGCGGCGGCAGCGGGGGCGCCUCCUCCUGGCUGCUGGACGGGAACAGCUGGCUGCUGUGCUAUGGCUUCCUCUACCUGGCGCUCUACGCGCAGGUGUCCCAGUCCAAGCCGUGCGAGAGGACCAGCUCCUGCUUCUCGGGCCGCUGUGUCAACUCCACCUGCCUCUGCGACCCGGGCUGGGUGGGGGACCAGUGCCAGCACUGCCAGGGCAGGUUCAAGUUAACGGAACCUUCUGGAUAUUUAACAGAUGGUCCAAUUAACUAUAAGUAUAAAACUAAAUGUACAUGGCUAAUUGAAGGCUAUCCAAAUGCAGUGUUAAGAUUAAGAUUCAAUCAUUUUGCUACAGAAUGUAGCUGGGAUCAUAUGUAUGUUUAUGAUGGAGAUUCAAUAUAUGCACCUUUAAUAGCUGUACUUAGUGGUUUGAUAGUCCCUGAAAUAAGGGGAAAUGAAACUGUGCCUGAAGUUGUUACAACAUCUGGCUAUGCGCUGUUACAUUUUUUUAGUGAUGCUGCAUAUAAUCUAACUGGUUUCAACAUUUUUUAUUCAAUCAAUUCUUGUCCUAACAAUUGCUCUGGUCAUGGGAAAUGUACAACUAGUAUCUCUGUUCCAAGUCAAGUAUACUGUGAAUGUGAUAAAUACUGGAAGGGUGAAGCUUGUGAUAUUCCUUACUGUAAAGCCAACUGCGGGAGUCCAGAUCAUGGUUACUGUGACCUAACAGGAGAAAAAUUGUGUGUCUGCAAUGAUAGUUGGCAAGAUGAAGGCUUGAUGAUGGGAGAGGUAAACAGACUUGCCCAAGGUCACACUUCUAGUCCUGAUUGUUCUUUGAAUGUUCCUUCUACUGAAUCUUACUGGAUUCUGCCAAAUGUUAAACCCUUCAGUCCUUCUGUAGGUCGGGCUUCCCAUAAAGCAGUUUUACAUGGGAAAUUUAUGUGGGUGAUUGGUGGAUAUACUUUUAACUACAGUUCUUUUCAAAUGGUCCUGAAUUACAAUUUAGAAAGCAGUAUAUGGAAUGUAGGAACUCUGUCAAGGGGACCUCUCCAGAGAUAUGGACACUCUCUUGCUUUAUAUGAGGAAAACAUCUUUAUGUAUGGAGGCAGAAUUGAAACAAAUGAUGGCAAUGUCACAGAUGAAUUAUGGGUUUUUCACAUACAUAGUCAGUCAUGGAGUACAAAAACUCCCACUGUCCUUGGACACGGUCAGCAGUAUGCUGUGGAGGGACAUUCAGCGCAUAUUAUGGAGUUGGACAGUAGAGACGUUGUCAUGAUCAUAAUAUUUGGAUAUUCUGCAAUAUAUGGUUAUACAAGCAGCAUUCAGGAAUACCAUAUCUCAUCAAACACUUGGCUUGUUCCAGAAACUAAAGGAGCUAUUGUUCAAGGCGGUUAUGGCCAUACCAGUGUGUAUGAUGAAAUAACAAAGUCCAUUUAUGUUCAUGGAGGCUAUAAAGCAUUACCAGGCAAUAAAUAUGGAUUGGUAGAUGAUCUUUACAAGUACGAAGUUAACACUAAGACUUGGACUAUUUUGAAAGAAAGUGGGUUUGCCAGAUACCUUCAUUCAGCUGUUCUUAUCAAUGGAGCUAUGCUUAUUUUUGGAGGAAAUACCCAUAAUGACACUUCCUUGAGUAACGGUGCAAAAUGUUUUUCUGCCGAUUUCCUGGCAUAUGACAUAGCUUGUGAUGAAUGGAAAAUAUUACCUAAACCAAAUCUUCAUAGAGAUGUCAACAGAUUUGGACACUCUGCAGUUGUCAUUAAUGGGUCCAUGUAUAUAUUUGGAGGAUUUUCUAGUGUGCUCCUUAAUGAUAUUCUUGUAUACAAGCCUCCAAAUUGCAAGGCUUUCAGAGAUGAAGAACUUUGUAAAAAUGCUGGUCCAGGGAUAAAAUGUAUUUGGAAUAAAAAUCACUGUGAAUCUUGGGAAUCUGGGAAUAUUAAUAAUAUUCUUAGAGCAAAGUGCCCUCCUAAAACAGGUACUUCUGAUGACAGAUGUUACAGAUAUGCAGAUUGUGCCAGCUGUACUGCCAAUACAAAUGGGUGCCAAUGGUGCGAUGACAAGAAAUGCAUUUCAGCAAACAGUAACUGUAGUAUGUCUGUGAAAAACUACACCAAAUGUCAUGUGAGAAAUGAGCAGAUCUGUAACAAACUUACCAGCUGUAAAAGCUGUUCACUAAACUUGAAUUGCCAGUGGGAUCAGCGACAACAGGAAUGCCAAGCUUUACCAGCUCAUCUUUGUGGAGAAGGAUGGAAUCAUAUUGGGGAUGCUUGUCUCAGAAUAAAUUCCAGUAGAGAAAGCUAUGACAAUGCAAAACUUUAUUGCUAUAAUCUUAGUGGAAAUCUUGCUUCAUUAACAACUUCAAAAGAAGUAGAAUUUGUUCUGGAUGAAAUACAGAAGUAUACGCAACAGAAAGUAUCACCUUGGGUAGGCUUGCGCAAGAUCAACAUCUCCUACUGGGGAUGGGAAGACAUGUCUCCUUUUACAAACACAACACUACAGUGGCUUCCAGGUGAACCAAAUGAUUCUGGGUUCUGUGCAUAUCUAGAAAGGGCUGCAGUGUCAGGCUUAAAAGCUAAUCCUUGUACAUCCAUGGCAGAUGGCCUUGUCUGUGAAAAACCUGUAGUUAGUCCAAAUCAAAAUGCAAGGCCAUGCAAGAAGCCAUGUUCUCUAAGGACAUCAUGUUCCAACUGUACAAGCAACGGCAUGGAGUGUAUGUGGUGCAGCAGUACAAAACGAUGCGUUGACUCCAAUGCUUAUAUAAUCUCUUUUCCAUAUGGACAAUGUCUGGAGUGGCAAACUGCCACCUGCUCUCCUCAAAAUUGUUCUGGAUUGAGAACCUGUGGACAGUGUUUGGAACAGCCUGGAUGUGGCUGGUGCAAUGAUCCUAGUAAUACAGGAAGAGGACACUGUGUUGAAGGAUCUUCACGGGGACCAAUGAAGCUUGUUGGAAUGCACAAUAAUGAGAUGGUUCUUGACACCAGUCUUUGUCCUAAAGAAAAGAACUAUGAGUGGUCCUUUAUCCAGUGUCCAGCUUGCCAGUGUAAUGGACAUAGCACUUGCAUCAAUAAUAAUGUGUGCGAACAGUGUAAAAAUCUCACCACAGGAAAGCAGUGUCAAGACUGCAUGCCGGGUUAUUAUGGAGAUCCAACCAAUGGAGGACAGUGUACAGCUUGUACAUGCAGUGGCCAUGCCAAUAUUUGUCAUAUGCACACAGGAAAAUGUUUCUGCACAACUAAAGGAAUAAAGGGUGACCAGUGCCAAUUAUGUGACUCUGAAAAUCGCUAUGUUGGUAAUCCACUUAGAGGAACAUGUUAUUACAGCCUUUUGAUUGACUAUCAGUUUACCUUCAGCUUAUUACAGGAAGAUGAUCGUCACCAUACUGCCAUAAACUUCAUAGCAAACCCUGAACAGUCAAACAAAAAUUUGGAUAUUUCGAUUAAUGCAUCAAACAACUUUAAUCUCAACAUUACAUGGUCGGUUGGUUCAACAGCUGGAACAAUAUCUGGGGAGGAGACUCCUAUAGUUUCCAAGACUAACAUAAAGGAAUACAGAGAUAGUUUUUCCUAUGAAAAAUUUAACUUUAGAAGCAAUCCUAACAUUACAUUCUAUGUGUACGUCAGCAACUUUUCCUGGCCUAUUAAAAUACAGAUUGCGUUCUCACAACACAAUACAAUCAUGGAUCUUGUGCAGUUUUUUGUCACCUUCUUCAGUUGUUUUUUAUCCUUGUUACUGGUAGCUGCUGUGGUAUGGAAGAUCAAACAAACAUGUUGGGCUUCUCGACGGAGAGAGCAACUCCUUCGAGAACGACAGCAGAUGGCCAGCCGUCCCUUUGCUUCUGUUGAUGUAGCACUGGAAGUAGGAGCUGAACAAACAGACUUUCUGCGAGGGCCAUUAGAGGGGGCGCCCAAACCGAUAGCCAUUGAACCAUGUGCUGGGAACAGAGCUGCUGUUCUGACUGUGUUGCUUUGCCUUCCGCGAGCAUCAUCAGGUGCCCCUCCCCCGGGGCAGUCAGGCCUUGCAAUCGCCAGUGCCCUAAUAGAUAUUUCACAGCAGAAGCCUUCAGAUAGUAAAGACAAGACUUCAGGAGUCCGAAAUCGAAAACACCAUCUCUCAACACGUCAAGGAACUUGUGUCUGAGAAACAGAAACUGCUCCUGGAUGUUCUGUAAUGCUUCACUUUGUAAACAGCUUCCGUUAAGGCUAGUCUACGGCCUCAGUUUUUACAGAGGUAAAUCUCUGUAUGGUCCCAGGGCCCAAGUACAGUUCCCUCCAAAUGGGUUGUGACCUCAGUGGCCAAAGAAUGUUCUUGAGUUUUAUAAAAGUAACAGUAUUGAUGGUCACAGGUGAUAAAGUCAGUUUUUACGACUCUCUUAGGCUUAUCGUAGAUGAAGUUAAAAUACUCUGGAAAAAGAUGUAUAUUCUUUCUUAAUGCAGAUGAAAAUAUGCCAUUCGUAUAAACCAAACUGUUUAUAUCCCAAGACUUUAAAGAAAGACAUUUUAUAAUGCCUGAGUGAUGAGAAUUGUACAGUUUUUGCCUCAUAAGCAAACUUAAAUCACUUGUAUAUGAACAGGAAAUGAACAAAUUGCAAAGGCUUUAAAUGCUAUUUUAUCUCACUGUAAAUGUAAAAGCAAGAUUUUUAUUUAGUAGAAUGUAGGUAAUAUAUUUAAAUAUUUCACAUGAACAUAUCAUGUCCAAACUCAGUUUGAGAAUGUGACUACUUUCCACCUAACUGGAAUGCAGACCAAAAUAGGUCCAUUUGGAUGGAUGGUAUGUGCAACUUCACAGGAGGUUUAUUAGAAUUCUGACUGAAGAGGACAUUCUUGUCGUCCAUGCCAACUGCCUAACUCAUUAUCAGAGCUGAUAGAGCAUGGAAAAGCCUGUCCAGCAAUCACUUUUUCCCCUUCUUCCAAAAAACAGCUUCCAAUACUACAAACCUGAGGAGAGCUGAAAUAGUUAUUUUACAGUGUGCAAGCUUCUGCACUAAUAUGGUAAUUUUUUAAUUGCCUAGGAAUCAUUGGAUCAGACCUAAAUGAUCCAUCUGCAUUUUUGUAAGAACAGAACAUCUUCUUUUGGCCUUCCUCUGCUUGCUGCUAGAUUCUAUCUACCUUUCACAAGUGUUAUGAAAAGCAUUUUAGCAGUGACGCCUCUCAAGUUUAUAAUAUGACCCGGGCUCUUUCCUGCCAACUAUUUCACUUAGAAUACAAGCAGAGAAGAGUAUUUGCUGGCAACCGUCUACACUAUUCUUAUUUCUAGCAUGAACAUAUUGGUGUCAUGAGAGAAAGUCUCCAGUUUAAAUAAUAGAAUAAGUUCAUUGUUGCACACAUUCAGCAUAUCCUUAGUGACUCAAAAAUCUGAAUUAUGGCAGAAAGGAAAAAUGAUACAAAACAGCUUUCACAUCGGAACAUAGAAUUACUGGUGUCCUAAUUUUGACAACAAUUCACUAGAACUCAGUAGCAUUAACAGAUCUUGUUUGGAAUUGCAGUUUCUUAACUUCAGGGUGAUACAGGAUGUAUGUAGAGAGCAGUGACAAAGAUAUCUAAAGCUGCUUUAUACAAUAUAGUUUUGUUCAAUAUAAAAGUCAUUUAAAUAUAAUUGAUGUUUAGUACUAUAUAUGUACUUUUCGUGUUCUUUGGAUUUCUAGAAGGUAAUGACACUUCACUGUUUACAGCUAAUGCAUAGUUACUUGCAUGCUAUGGUUGUGCAGUAGUGGAAUACAACCCUAUUGUGAUAUUAAAUGUUUAUUUCAAAAUACCAUUUAUACAUAGUCAGCUUAAUUUGAUGAGGAUUGAUUGUAAUAUAUAACAGGAAUGAUCAUACAAUAUGUAGCUGCAUCAUAUAUAAGAUUGGUAGGUUGUAUCUAACCAUGACUAUGUCAUUGUUUUGAUAAUUAGGCAUUUAUCAAUUAUAGUAUAUAUUCCUUAAGUUGGCAUGGUAAUUUUGCUAUUUUCCAUGCAUUAAAAAUAAGACUAAAUCUUACAGUAAAUUUAUCUGUAGCCUUUGGGGUUUGGGGAUGGGGAGUGGAGCUAGUUUUUACCUGAAAGAUAUUUUCUCUCUCUCAAAAAAAAGUGAGCCAAGUUUGUAAAUGUCUCCCAAAAUCAAUCAAGUAAUUUUAUUAGCUUCUUUUUGGACCCUAUAAAUGUUGAUUUUUCUCCUGGAAAAAUAGACUGACAAAACUGGUGAUUACAAAAUGUAAUCAUUUAAAAAUAAAAUAAUUGCCCAGUUUGUUUAAUUCUCUAACAAUUGUCAUGAGACAGCUUAUAUAACAAAAACACAGAAACAUAUAGAGUUGUAUGUAAAAUCUAUUUCAGCUAUAUUUUUAGAGAGGCUAAGCAAUAGUAUUACUGUGAAAGAAUUGGCAAGCUUCAUCCACCUCAAAUCCCAUCAGGUUCUUAAAACUUGAAAUUUUGAAUUUUGGAGAAGUAUUGGACAUAAUGCAAUGUUAAGUUAAAGUCGUACUAUACCUUUCUUGGCCAAAUAUUGCUAAUUCUGUGACUAAUUAUGCAAUAUCUUCUCGACUUAUCAAAGCUUUUUACUGGCAAUAAAAUUCUUCACUCUCAAGUGAAGUGGAUUGAAAAGACUUUAGGGAUAAUCACUUUGAAUCUGUGUCAUGUUCUUUUUUCCCCCACAUCCCAAACACUUUAAAUUUAGAUACUUCCUUUUUUUUUUUUAAUCAAACCACAGGUAUAUGCAGAUACUCUUCAAGAAGUUAAAAUUAAAUGACUGAUUCUCUUGAAAACUUAUCUUAAUGGAAUUCUGUACGUUUCAGUUUAGAAUGACUUGGGAAAAUUCUUUAGAUUUAGGAUUUCUUAUUCUUCCAAGUAUGAAAAGUUUUGGUUAAAUAGAAUGGAGUUUUUUAAAUUAAGCUUGAGGACACUAUUUGGACAACUAGAGAAUUCUUGUUGAAAGAGAUGCACAUACUUACAGAUCAAUUUAAUAAAUUUUAAGAAGAUUGGGAUUUUCAUAAUUGCUUUUAAAUGAAAAUUUAUUUUACUGAUACACAUAGAAGGAAAAUGUAUGCCGUAUACUACUGUGUUAUGUUCAAUAGGAAAACUUCAAAUAGGACAUAUUUCAAUGUGUAAUUGAUAUUUGCUAUACUUCCCAAUAUCUCACUUUCUUUGAGGUCCAGUAAGAGAAGUGACAGAAGUGACUGUAUGGCUGUUGUCCUGCUACAGGGUUAUUUACAAUGCAGACUGAGGGACAGGCCUGAGAAUAGAGUUGGAACCCGCUUUGAGCUGUGUGGUGCUGGGCACGUUUUAACCUUUUGAAGCCUCAGACUCUCAUCUGUGAGGGGAGGUAAUGGUGCCCACCUUGUGGUGAGCCUAGAAGAUAAUAAACAAAGCUCCCAUAGCAGGCCCUCAAGGCAGUGUAGCUGGUAUUAGUAAUCAUGGGGCCACCAGGCCAUUUUUUUUUCUACCAACCAUUUCAUGAAUCCAUCUAUUAAUUUUUCAUCCAUCUUUCACCAUAGAUAAAAGCAUGGUAGGUUUAUGCAAAUGAAGAUUUCAUGAAAAUCUUGAGUAAGUUCCUAUAUUUCUAGAAUGUAGAUAUUUCUAAAAAACUACUUUGAUAUUUGAGUCAAUAGAGGCUUUAACUCUUUCAAAAUAUGUUGGUCUU